GCGGAAGUGGCCCGACGGAAGUACCGCCGCCGGACUGUAGCGCCGUCCGCGUGUCUUCGCCGGCAUGGCGCACUACAACUUCAAGAAAAUCACGGUGGUGCCGUCCGCCAAGGACUUCAUUGACCUGACCUUGUCGAAGACUCAGCGGAAGACCCCGACAGUCAUUCACAAACAUUACCAAAUUCAUCGCAUCAGACAUUUUUAUAUGAGAAAAGUCAAGUUCACGCAGCAGAACUACCAUGACAGGCUCUCGCAGAUCCUCACAGAUUUCCCCAAGUUGGAUGAUAUCCACCCCUUUUACGCCGAUCUGAUGAACGUUCUCUACGACAAAGAUCAUUACAAGUUGGCCCUGGGACAGAUCAAUAUUGCCAAAAAUUUAGUGGACAAUGUUGCCAAGGACUACGUGCGACUGAUGAAGUACGGAGACUCUCUGUACCGCUGCAAACAGCUGAAGCGGGCUGCCCUGGGUCGCAUGUGCACCAUCAUCAAGAGGCAGAAGCAAAGCCUAGAAUACCUGGAGCAAGUCCGGCAGCAUCUGGCCCGCCUGCCGACCAUUGACCCCAACACGAGGACCCUGCUUCUUUGUGGCUACCCGAACGUCGGAAAGUCCAGCUUCAUCAACAAGGUCACGAGAGCAGAUGUGGACGUACAGCCAUAUGCCUUCACUACCAAGUCCCUGUUCGUGGGGCACAUGGAUUACAAGUAUCUGCGCUGGCAGGUGGUGGAUACGCCUGGGAUUCUGGACCACCCACUGGAGGACCGGAACACCAUCGAGAUGCAGGCCAUCACGGCCCUGGCCCACCUGCGCGCCGCGGUGCUGUACGUGAUGGACCUGUCAGAGCAGUGUGGGCACGGGCUGGGCGAGCAGCUCGAGCUCUUCCGCAACAUCAAGCCGCUCUUUGUGAACAAGCCCCUCAUCGUCGUGGCAAACAAGUGUGACGUGAGGAGAGUGGCUGAGCUUCCCGAAGACGCUCAGAAAAUCUUCUCAGACUUGCAGGCAGAAGGUUUUCCUGUGGUGGAGACCAGCACCCUGACUGAGGAGGGGGUGAUGAAGGUGAAGACCGAGGCUUGUGACCGACUUUUGGCUCAUCGAGUAGAAACCAAGAUGAAAGGCAACAAAGUGAACGAGGUGCUGAACAGACUGCACCUGGCCCUCCCCAACAAGAGGGACGACAAGGAGAGGCCCCCCUUCAUCCCAGAAGGAGUGGUGGCACGCAAGAAGAGAAUGAUCGUGGAGGAGUCUAAAAAGAAAAGGGAACGAGACCUGGAACUGGAAAUGGGAGAUGAUUACGUUCUGGAUCUCCAGAAGUACUGGGACAUAAUGAAUUCAUCUGAGAAGCACGACAAGAUACCCGAGAUCUGGGAAGGGCAUAACGUGGCUGAUUACAUCGACCCUGCCAUCAUGCAGAAAUUGGAAGAAUUAGAGAAAGAAGAAGAGCUGAGAACAGCCGCUGGAGAAUACGAUAGUGAAUCUGAAAGCGAGGAUGAGGAAAUGGCAGAGAUCAGACAGCUGGCGAAGCAGAUUCGAGAGAAGAAGAAGCUGAAGAUUCUGCAGUCCAAGGAGAAGGACACGCAGGGACCCCGCAUGCCGCGCACGGCCAAGAAGGUGCAGCGAAACGAGCUGGAGAAGGAGAUGCGCAGCCUGGGCCUAGACAUGGACAACAAGGACGACGCACACUACGCAGUUCAGGCCAGAAGGUCCCGCAGCGCCACUAGGAAGAGGAAGCGGGAAGACUCUGUCCCACCCUCCUCUUUGGCCCGCAGUCGCAGCUGCUCUAGAACUCCACGUGAUGUUUCUGGUCUCCGGGAUGUCAAGAUGGUGAAGAAAGCGAAGACGAUGAUGAAGAAGGCUCAGAAGAAGAUGAAUCGCUUGGGGAAGAAGGGGGAGGCUGACAGACACGUGUUUGACAUGAAGCCUAAGCACCUGCUGUCUGGGAAAAGGAAGGCUGGUAAAAAGGACAGGAGAUAGCUGGCCGCUGCUUCCUCCCCAUGGCCAGGCUCUGAACUGCCAGCAGCUCACAGUAGCUGCCAUACCUCUUGCUUUGCUGAAAACACAGGAGUGGGGAAGGUUUAUCCUGUGGUCGCUCUUUUGAAUGGGUCGAGGCUUCUGCUUUUGGUGAAGAUUUCGAUGCCUCAGAAUUGCAGAAAUAAGAAUUUAUUGAUGUGGGGUUUUGUUUGUUUUUGUUUUUUUAAUCAGAGCACUGCUCAGCUCUGGUUUAUAGUGGUACCAGCAUUGAACCUGGGACUUUGAAGCCUCAGGCAUGAGAAUCUUUUUGCAUAGCCACUAUACUGUCUCCCCGAUUGACUGUGUUUUUCAUGGAGAAAAACACCUCACUUAUUUUCUGCAAGUGGAACUGUUGAUUAUGUGAAUUUGAAAAGAAUAAAAAAAGAGGCAGUGGGAA